AUGGCGGCAGAUAACAUCAGCAAUGGCUUGGUCCCGGACUGGAGAUAUCACGUGGACGUAAUUGAAGGGAUGAAUUAUCGAGAUGACGACGUGUUUAUGUGUGCUUUUCCAAAAGCAGGCACUCACUGGAUAUGGGAGAUUACCACGAUGUUGUUAGAUGGUCGGCCGGAAUAUUCGCCAGUCUCCAAAGUUACAUCCAUGUUAGAGUUUAGCACAACAGAUGAGUUGGACAGACUGACGUCACCAAGGCUUUUUAAUACACAUCUACCAUACAAACUCUUACCGUCUGAUGCUGUACGUAAAGGAGCAAAGAUCAUCUUCCUACAGAGAAACCCAAAAGACAUUGCAGUUUCAUACUAUAGUAUGUUAAAACAGAAGAAGAACGCUUUCCCGGGGAAUUUCAAUGACUGGAACCAAUUGUUUUUGUUUCAUCCCGGUAAUUCCUACCUUACAGUCUACCCGAAAAACUGGUUCGAAUAUACUCUUGAAUGGGAGCAAGUGAUGAGAUCAGAGCAACGUUUAAACUUACAUAUGAUAUAUUAUGAAAAUUUGAAGCAGAAUCCGGUCGAGGAAAUCACCAGAUUGUCUCGAUUCCUCGGUAGUUCUACCGAGACAAUGUACAUCAGUGAGGUAGCCAACAAGUGUAGCUUCAGGAACAUGAAGAAAGCAAAUAUCGAAACCAAGGAUCUGUCAAGACUGCAAGGAGAGAAAACCAUGUUUGACAGCAUGUUUCGCAAAGGAGAAGUUGGAGAUUGGAAGAACUGGUUUACUGUAGCGCAGAAUGAACUCUUUGAUAAAGUGCACAGUGAUAAAAUGAGAGAGUGCAGCUUUCUUUAUCAAUACACGGUCUGA